CAAGGCGGGGGAGUUUAUGGCUUCGAUGUAAUGCAGAUUAACUCAAAAAGUGGCAGGCAAAAUAGGUUUGAACUUUCGUCAGACGACACGGUCACGAACGAAGACAGCUCAAGGUAUAAUGCAACAAACAGAUUGCACAUUAAACACAAUCAAAAUGUACCGGCGCUGUCUGUGACUUCGGAAGAAGACGACCAGCUGGAUAGAAAGGACGGAAAUGAAUUGUUCUCUGUUAGUGAAGCAAAGAAGGAUGCGCACGAAGACCUAUUACUGAAACCACACCUUUCUGCCGGAAUUGAGCAGCACUCUUCCAGCAAUUCUCACACUCAAUUGAAAGCCAAACGCAAUGGAUUGCAACCGUUAAGACUUAACUGUACAGGAGCCCAUAAAAUUCAAUCCAAUUCAUUAUUUUUGUCUCCGCAAGAUUGUUUAAAGAUCAAUAAGGCGCACGCUGAAACAGGAAGCACUGAACACCAAACCAUUGGCGGGCAUCCACCAUCGCCGUCUGGUGAUCUGGCAAGGGCGAUAACCAUGGUAUUUAUUGAAGAAAAUGAAGACGGUGAUCUGUCCCCCAAAUCGCUGUUCGACUUUGAGGCUUGGCUGGCUUACAACAGAAGGAAGAGAGGCUACUCGAGAAUUAUGGAUGAUGCUACACGCAGCACAGGGGACAUGGAGG